AGAAGAGAGGGAACACUCUGUUCGUAAAAAAAGAAAGCAGUUCGAGUGAUUCUUGGACUCUCCUCGUCUUCCUCUUUCGCUUGGAGAUAACAAUAACAAAGUUCAUCGUAGCAGCAGAGAUCAGUCGAGAGAGAUAUGGGAGGAUACGUAACGAAGAGGAUCAUGCUUCUGCGUCUUCUUACUCAAACCAUGUUGCUUCAUCUCUUCAUCACGUCUUCCUCUGGUGAAGCGGUUAACUCGAGUGAGAACAGACUAUGUGUUUCCAAAGGAGGACGAUCUCAUCAGCCAUACGAGCUAGAAGGAAAGCUUCCCGAGUCUGCUGAUGUUGAGUUUAAAGAUCUAAACAUGUGUACUAUGUUCCACGAGAAGACUUGUUGCUCUGCUUCACGGAUGCUCUCUGCUUCGUUAGCUGUCAAAGACCUAGCUACUCACGGAGAAGCUUCUAAAGACUGCUUGUUUUGGUUUGAGCUUUUGGAAUGUUCAAUCUGUCACCCUGAUGUUGGAGUUCAGCCACGUCCUCUUCGCAUCUGUGCCUCGUUCUGUGAUACUGUCUUUGAAGCUUGCUCAGACGCUUACUUUAGUACUCGUGAUGCUAGUGAUCAGGUUAUGGUACCGUGCGGGGUAAGCAACGGUACCAUAUGCCAGAGAGCUUCUAAGUUGGAGACUAAUGGCAAGGGUUUCUGCGAAGCAGUUGGUUUCUCUGUUGUCCAAGGAGCUGAUGAUCAAGCAGAAGAACCUUGCUAUGGAAGUAACUCAGUUGUAGUGACAGUGGUGCCUGUUGUAAAGUCACUCAUGAAGACUGUGUGGUUUCAAGAUCUUAAGUACAGGAUGGUGAUACUGAAUCUACUGAUGUGUCGGCUUACAUCACUUAUAUUUCUAGCAUCAACGCUCUUGAACAGGUGGGAAAUGGAGAGGGAUGCGAGAAGAUUGAGAAGAUUGAGAAGAAGGAACAGGAACAGAAGAAGAUUCUAACUCUAUUUUUGAGUUCCUUAUCAUAGACAGACUCUGUUACAUUCAUAAUGAACCAAUAUUUUCACUGCUAUUAGGGAGUUUUUUGGAGACGCAAUAAGUGUAAAAUCAGAUAGUUUUUUACUCAAUGUAGUAAGAGCCAAACCAUGAAAGGCAAUUCAAAUAUAGAAAGUUUUUAAAAA